AUGAGUUUUAAGAAUAAAGUAGUGUUCAUAAGCGGAGCCAGCUCAGGAAUUGGUGCAGCCACGGCCAAAGAAUUCUCUAAGGAAGGCGCUUACGUUGUGAUAAUUGGUCGAAAUGAGACUAAAAUGGAAAAAGUUGCUGCUGAAUGUGAGUCUUAUGGGAAGAAACCUUUGGUAAUAAAAGCAGAUGUGUCAAAAGAUGACGAAGCUAAAGCAGCUAUAGACAAAACUAUACAGACUUUUGAGAAAGUGGACAUCUUAGUGAACAAUGCAGGAAUCUUAAGGUAUGGAAAUCUAAUCGAUGGCCGAAUAUUGGAAGCUUAUGACGAAGUAAUGGCAACGAAUCUUCGGGCAGCUGAUCAUCUUACAAGCUUAGCAGUUCCACAUUUGAUAAAAACGAAAGGAUGCAUUGUAAAUAUAUCAAGCGUCGAUGGUUCUUCUGUGGUGUCGCCAUUACUAGUACCUUACAGCGUGUCCAAAGCAGGCUUGGAUCAUUUUACCCGUGGUGCAGCUUUAGAACUGGCUUCGUAUGGAGUAAGGGUAAAUGCAAUAAGCCCUGGACCAGUGUACACUGAUAUCUACGAAAAUGCUGGACCUGUGCAUCCUAUAGAUAACAGCAAUAUAGAGACACCCCUCGGCACGAUAUCUGAUCCAAUUGAAAUUGCUCAUCUAGUUUUAUUUUUGUCUAGUGAUAAAGCUAAAGCCAUCACGGGCUCCAAUUAUGUAUCUGACAAUGGAUACCUUUUGUCACAGUAA